ACUACAUUUCCCACAAUGCCCCGGUGCUCGUCCUUGUCAAAGCUCGGUGGUCAAGCUAGCGCGCAGCUGUCUGUCGGGGUCUGUGACAGCAUGGAGCGGGUCUGUCCCGGAGAGUCUCCGCCGGUCGAACACACGGAGGACAUCGCCUUCCCCCGCCGGACGCCUCUUCUGUCAAGUUUUGUGUUUCUUCUCCCCACGAGGCGCCAGUGACUCCGCCGUCAGUGCAGCGCGGAGCUAUCCGCUAGCAGACGUUACUUAACUGUGCUUCUUGAGCUAACUCUGAAAACAUCGACCACCCCCCCACCUACAAACAGGCAGCAGGUGGGCGACAUCAGAGUAUCAGAGAGGACUUCCGGCGGUGUCCCGCUGUCCAGCCCCCCGGUAUCGCCGCUGACCCCCUCGGCCGGUGGUUGAGUUCAUGAGCGUGCUCGGCGAGUAAUCCUCGGGGAUGGGAAGUGGAGUCCAGGAACAACGGGCAUCACUAACGCAGGGAGAAGUGCUGCCGCGGGCUUCCUCCACUCCGUCAGACGUCAACUAUGAGGGCCUGAAACACACUCGCUCCGUCCUCAAUUCGCUCUUCUCGGGGGCUUUAGCAGGAGCCGUGGCCAAGACGGCAGUGGCCCCUCUGGACAGAACGAAAAUCAUCUUCCAAGUGUCUUCAGCAAGAUUCUCUGCCAAGGAGGCCUACAGGCUGAUCUACCGCACCUACCUGCAGAAUGGCUUCUUCAGUCUGUGGAGGGGAAACUCGGCCACCAUGGUGCGCGUCAUCCCCUACGCAGCCAUCCAGUUCUGCGCACAUGAGCAGUACAAGACGCUGCUGGGAGGCUACUACGGCUUCCAGGGGAAAGCCUUGCCUCCGUUUCCUCGCCUGCUGGCCGGAUCGAUGGCUGGAACCACAGCGGCUAUGCUGACGUAUCCUCUGGACAUGGUGCGAGCAAGAAUGGCUGUAACGCCGAAGGAAAUGUACAGUAACAUCCUCCAUGUUUUUGUGCGGAUCUCUCGAGAAGAAGGCCUGAAAACUCUGUAUCGAGGCUUCACCCCCACCAUCCUGGGGGUCGUCCCCUACGCCGGCCUCAGCUUCUUCACCUAUGAGACUCUGAAGAAGUUGCAUGCAGAACAAAGUGGUCGCCCGCAGCCCUACUCGUACGAGCGUCUGGCUUUCGGAGCCUGCGCCGGACUGAUCGGCCAGUCGGCGUCUUACCCUCUGGACGUGGUGCGACGGCGCAUGCAGACGGCGGGGGUCACGGGUCACACGUACGGCACCAUCCUGGGCACCAUGAGGGAGAUCGUGUCGGAGGAGGGCUUCGUCCGCGGACUCUACAAAGGCCUGAGCAUGAACUGGGUCAAAGGGCCCAUCGCGGUGGGCAUCAGCUUCACCACCUUCGACCUCACUCAGAUCCUCCUGAGGAAGCUGCAUCAGAUGGGCUACACCGCUCGAUAAUAACGAUCCAGAGCGGGAGCAUGACAAGAUCCCCACAAGCCCCCCCCCCCCCCCCCCCCCCCCCAGAGUGGAGCAGGGAGUGAAGGGGGGCUGAGAGAGUGACGGAUGGGUUUUGCUAAGUAGAAGCAAACUCAGAGGCUCAGGAUGCAGAGGUGAUAAUAAGUAAUCCUCUGGCUUUGUCUGGGGGCAACAGAGGUGAGUCCAGCGGUGCAGGCUGCGCUCUGUUGCAUCUAAGUGCAAUAUGGUCACUGAUUUAACGUAUGUACUCUGAAAAAGUGUCAACUCGAAGCACUAGAAAGAGUUUUGAUUUUCACACACUGAGUUCUGCCAGCUGCAGUGUCUGCUCAUUUCCAGAUGCGGUGGAAAGCCUCCACUUCUUUUAAUAUGAAAUACGGAGAUGCAUUUGAUAGAAUACGAGGAAAAUAUGCUCUUUUGAGAUUUUCGUGAGUUUGUAUUAAUGAAUUAUACCAAAGUUUAUGAUGAUUCAAACUAGCUGCCGAUUGUGUAUGUAGGGUUUGUAUGUUCAAAGGUGCAGUAUGGACUUUUUUUUUUCUUUUUUUAAACACUCAAAAUGAAGUCAUGGCAGAAAACAAGUCAUGAUUCUGUUUGUGUUGUGUGAUAUGUUUGAAAACUGAAGUUAGCAUGCUAACCAGCCAGUCUCGGUCUGCCCUGCAGAUUGAAUAGAAAACAAAACGGAGGCUUGAGUUCUUGGGAACUAUUAGUGAACUACAAACCCUCGAAGCUGACAGAAGCUCAAACUGCAGUGACUCACUACUGCCACCUAAUGCACAAAAGUGACAUUACUUUAAUUUGACAUGCUGCACCUUUUUAGUAGCACAACUCCUCCCAGCAGAGAGCACAGGACUUCAUAUCACUGCGUUGACAUUUAUGUUGAAAUCUUUAGUACGUAAGUAUUGGUAUUGAAAAGUGCCCAAAGUUUUUAUCCUUGUAGUUGCAUCUUGAGCUUUUUGUGAAAGCUUAUUAUGUUUGAUAGCCCAGUGGUGUUCAACCUGGGGUCCGGGACCACCUCGGAGGGCACAGCAGUGACCAGAAGAUCAGUUCUGAGAAAUGUGUGACGUGCAGAUCAGAAUAAUUCAAAGUAAACCAGCCUAAAGCACGCUCUCGUUUUCUUUGCUGGUGAAAAUGGGCGUGUCUGCAAGUGUUCGGCUUCACUGUCAUGUUGCUGCAAAUCAGAGGGGGUCCACAGUUUCUCUUGGAGCAAAGAUUUUUAAUUACAUGAAGACCAGAAUAUGCACUGCCCCUCAUACCCAUCCCACCAGAACGCUAGACUUCAUGUUUCUAACACUAUAAAAUAUCGUUGUCAACAUCCAACCAUCCACUUUCUAUCGAGCUUUAUAACGGUGGCGCCCUGUAGCCAAUCCCAGCUGAAUGUGUAUGAAAGUAAACUCAGCUGGGCAGGGAGACUGCCACACACCCUCACAUUCACACCUACAGGACAUUUACUCCAGAGAGUCCGCUUAAUCUCAAAAAGAUUCUUCUUUAAAACCGGAGAAGAGACAAGAGUGCCAACCACUGCCCUGCUGUGUGCCCCCCCCCCCCCCCCCCCCCCCCGACUGCUGAGACCCAUCAGCAGCAAGAAAGCAUGCAGUCUGGAACAGUCAUGGCUUAUUCUGUCACACAGGUUCAGCUGUAAAAUGAGUUUUGAUGAAAUGUUAGUUUUAUCCUUCAGUAAUUGUGCUGUGCCCUCACCCGACGCUCCUGGCGCCCCUCGGCUAAAGCAAAAACAUCUGGGAAACACUUGGAUAGACAGUCGAUGUGAAACUCACUCCAUUUGAAGCUCUGCUGUCUGUUCCACUGAUACUCCAUUUACAUAUUUUACCAACAGGUUUUUUUUUUGUUUGUUUGUUUGUGACGCUAGUUUGGGUUGUAGUAUUUAAAAAAGGGCAUUUUGGUGUCAUUGUUCCAUUUCUGUUUCACACACACACACAGUAUCCAGAUGUGGUCUUCCAUUGUGCUGCUCGUGCACUCACUCCUGAGCGAGACUGACUGGGUCAGGGACUGUAUGGACUGACAGUGUAGAGCUGUAGCAGUGUUCUCUAAUGAACUAAUACGACUGGAAAUAUGCAAACAGUGAAGAGAUCGCUUCAUUUCUGUUACAGCUGUAAAUUAAUUCAUUCACUAGUUGUUUUUUUUUUUUUUUUUUUUUUUUUUUACUGAAGCCGAUUUAACAAACGUGUGUGUAGCUGUGUGUUUUGUGGCCGAAUAAUGAGGCUUGUGCUCAUCCGGCAGGUUUUUACAGUGUUGAUGCAGUUAUUAACAUAUGACGAUACCAAGACCACGCGUGCAGACGCUGAACUGAGCAGAGCCGGCAGGUGAACACAGAGGGCAGCUCGGUCCUCUGUGGACACACACACACACACACACUCGCACACACCUGAAGGUGACCACUGGAAUGUUCUGAGGCUUUCUGCUGAGCUUAGAUCAUAUCGCAUACCUCACGAGGGUCACUGGGCUAAGAUUGACAAGGUGAUAAGUUAAAAAAAAAAAAAAAAAUGAAAAAUUCAGGUUCAUCUAAAAGAAAUAGAAAACGGUGAAGUAAAUUUGUCAUUUAAUUAACAGUAAGCUUUCAAUAUUCUACAUUUAAUAGUCUUUUUGGAGAAGUUAUUUCAACUUGGAUUGUACACUUGGCUUUUAAAAAGAAUUUUUUACCCAUGAUGCCCUUCCCGCUGCACCCAGGAUUCAAACCUGGGACCCUUACAUUGAGGUUCAGACUCUUAGCUUUAAGGCACAUGAACUGAAAUACAAGAGAGAAAUUGUAUUGAACAGCAGUUGCACCUUUUCCUUAGUCCAAUUCACAUUUUUUAUGCUUUUUCAGUAUUGUUUUCAUUUCAGUUUUACUCCAUCUAAUUGUGAUUACCACUCUUUACAUACCUUAAAAACAACUUCCCCUCCUUUGUUUUAUUUCUACAUUAACGCGAUAGCUUAAAAAGGAAAAAAAAAAUCAAUUUUCAGUGUUUUGAUUGAUUGAUGAUAAGGAUAAUUGAUAUUUACGAGCUCUAGUUGAAAAGAACACUUGAUCUCAUAAAAUAUUUUUAUUUAAAUGACUUAUGAACUAAGAUUAACAUUGAUUCAAAAUCCAAAAGUGUUUGUACUUGAAGUAUCAAAAGAAGUAGAAAGGGUCUUCAGUAGAAAAUGAAUCUGAAACUAAGAACAGUAGCAAGUUUAUAUGAAACAAUCAUGCAUUUAUUCAAUCCUGUGGUUUUGGAGCAGCUUUGUUUAACAAUGACAAAUCAGAUUUUUCUGAUUUUAGAAAAACUUUGAAAACUUGAAAAUGUUUGUGCAUAGUUAAAAUGUUUGACUCUCUCUUAGGGCUAUAACAACUAAUCUUUGGAUUUGUUAAAUAAGAUAUAAUAUAUCAGUAUUGAUUCAUGUGGGAGGAUAUUAGUGGGGAAAAUCCUGUGAUCGUUUCAUUUCUGAGGCUGAUGAGUUGCCUUCCAUUUUUUUUACUUUGGAAUUUUCAAAAUCUGACAUUUUCUGCUGCUGAGUUUAAAGGGAAAAGAAGGAAUGAAAGCAGACGGUGGAAUGUGGAAUCAGAGUGAAGCUGACAGUCGUUCGUAAACGCCACACUGGAUUCAAAGCUUUUAAAUGGCUGCCGGUGUCCGUCUCAGCCUGUCCUCCACAUCUGGAUUAUUGUAGCUGGGACCUCAACGGGAUGUCAGCAGAACCGAGGACCCUCACCAGCCCCACAUAUCCGCCCCUCCACCCACACACACACACACACACACUCACAAUCAGCUGCUGUUAACAUGAAUCGGUCUCGUCUUUCCCCUUUGCCUUAGUGUCAGUGGGAAAAAACUCUGAUCCGCGACAGUCUGGUCUGUAUUCAGCACAUCUUCUGAAAGUACACAGUAACUGAAAGCUAGACAGAAGUUACUGAGCCCUAAGUGCCUGGUGAGCAGUCUUCUUUUACCGUGACUGAGCUACUUGUAUCAACCUCUUAUCGGAGGUUGCUUCUAUUUUCUAUCCUGGUUUCUUGGACUUUAAAAGAGGCAGAUAGCUGGAAGCCGCUGUGAAGUUUAGUGAUUGAAUGAACUACCUUUCCUCGAAGUGCAGGAGAAAAAGCCUUCUAUUGUAUUGAUUCCAACGGGCUGAGGAGGAAACUGGAACAAGGUGAAUCUAGUUUUAAUGUGGUUGUCUCCUUGAUCUGCCUGGAGCUUGAAAUCAGUUUUGUACUCGGUAACAGGGAGAAGUCCGCUGGACUCCCAGACAAUCAUUAAAUGCCAAAAAAAAAAAAAAAAAAAAAGCUGUGUGUUGUGUUAAAAACUAUAUUAAUCCUUGAUGAGAACCUGAGAGUGGCCUAACGAGAAGAAAUACUGAAACGCUACAGCAACUAACUCUGGUACAAGUUGUGACUUUUGUCGUUUUGUUUCCUCUUGUUAAAAGCGGAGGUUUUCAAGCCUCCCUGCAGACGUACAGUUUGACUGUAUCUGUGUGUUGCAAAAGGUCGUCUUGUUUUGUUUCAGUGAUUUAACAGCCGUUUGUAAAUCCUAGUAUUUUGUGCCAACAUGAAUGUACUAAUAGCCACAGUCGCUGUCCAGUCAUUAGAGAUGACUAUAUGUAAGAAAAAUCUAAUUAAAGUGGAUGUUGAUAA